CCGACCCGGCGCACCACGGCUUCGUCCCGCCACAUCUGCCCCGCGGGACGGGAGAGAGGCAGCCCCCAACCCCACCAGGAGCCCACGGGAGCACCGUGUCCCGCUGGCCCCCCUGCCCAGGAAGGGCGCACGGACCACCCCUCCUCCCGCUCCCACCCCUCCGUGGCGGCGGGCGGCUCCUCCCGGCAUGCCCGGCACGUCCCGGCCGCGCUGCCAGGAGACGGCCGGAGGGGCGGGGCGGGGAGGAGCGGAGCGGGAGGGGGAGGAUGCUGCGGCCGCCGCGGGGCGAGGCAGCGGCGGCGGAAGGAGUGGCAGUGGCGGCAGUGGUGGCACUUCGCGGCACGGAGGAUGCGGCGGCGGUGGUGUCGGCAGCAGCAGGCGGAGGAGCGGGGAGCGAUGCGGUGCUGCGCGGCGGGGCCGUGGCCGCACAGCGCCCUCACCACCCUCCUGCUGACAGCUUUUUUGCUAAGCUCUGCUGAUGGCAAUAAUGGAACUGUUAACUGGACGACUAAGCGAGCCCACAGUUACAUUAUCAGCAGAAUAAAGGCUGUUCAGAAGAAUGUGUACACGAUUCUGUCUAGGGUGCACUCUGAUCGGAAUGUAUACCCUUCUGCUGGAGUCCUGUUUGUUCAUGUUUUGGAGAGAGAGUACUUUAAGGGGGAAUUUCCUCCUUACCCAAAGCCUGGUGAAAUAAGUAAUGAUCCUAUAACAUUUAAUACCAAUUUAAUGGGUUACCCUGACAGACCUGGAUGGCUCCGCUAUAUACAAAGGACACCAUACAGUGAUGGAGUGCUGUAUGGCUCACCAACUGUAGAAAAUGUGGGCAAACCAACCAUCAUUGAGAUCACUGCGUACAACAGGCGUACCUUUGAGACAGCAAGACAUAAUUUGAUCAUUAAUAUAAUGUCAGCAGAAGAUUUUCCUUUACCAUAUCAAGCGGAAUUCUUCAUAAGGAAUAUGAAUGUAGAAGAAAUGUUAGCAAGUGAAGUUCUUGGUGACUUCCUCGGAGCAGUGAAAAAUGUGUGGCAGCCAGAGCGCUUGAAUGCUAUAAACAUCACUUCAGCCCUUGACAGGGGAGGGAGAGUUCCACUUCCUAUUAAUGACAUGAAAGAGGGUGUGUAUGUGAUGGUUGGGGCAGAUGUUCCAUUCUCUUCCUGUUUACGAGAAGUGGAAAACCCACAAAAUCAGCUGAGGUGCAGUCAAGAAAUGGAGCCUGUAAUAACCUGUGAUAAAAAAUUUCGUACUCAAUUUCAUAUUGACUGGUGUAAAAUCUCUCUGGUUGACAAUACAAAACAAGUUUCCACCUUUCAGGAAGUGAUUCGUGGAGAGGGAAUAUUACCUGAUGGUGGAGAAUACAAGCCACCUUCUGACACACUGAAAAGCAGAGACUAUUACUCGGAUUUCCUAAUUACACUGGCAGUGCCCUCGGCAAUAGCACUGGUGCUUUUUCUAAUCCUUGCCUAUAUCAUGUGCUGCCGACGGGAAGGAGUGGAAAAGAGAAACAUGCAAACACCAGACAUCCAGCUGGUCCACCACAGUGCUAUACAGAAAUCAACCAAAGAGCUUCGUGACAUGUCUAAAAACAGAGAGAUCGCGUGGCCUCUUUCAACGCUUCCCGUGUUUCACCCUGUGACUGGGGAAAUUGUCCCGCCCCUUCACACGGACAACUACGACAAUACCAGCAUGCCACUGAUGCAAACACAGCAGAACCUGCCACAUCAGACUCAGAUUCCACAGCAGCAGUGUGCAGGAGAAUUUCGUAUGACAACAUUUCAAAGAUUUGAGGUAAAUGGUAUUCCUGAGGAAAGAAAACUAACAGAAGCAAUGAAUUUGUAAUCAGAGAAGGCAGCAAAUUGUCUUACUUCCUUAUUUGUUCUGGUUGAUGCAUGAGUUUUUCUGGUGUAUAUUGUGCAUGCCCACAGUAUUACGAUGCUUUCAGUGCCAGAGAGUACAAUCACUUCCAUAUAACUAAUGUACUGUAUCCUUUUGUACUUUGGACAUUUUUGACAAUUUGUAAACACUGAUAACUUUUUAUAUUUGUUACAUUCAGAUAAUAAUCUUUCAUAUCUAUAUCUAUAUGUAUUAAUAAAUAUCAAGCUUUAUUCUGUCUUGUGAUCUCUCCUGAAAGUUUUAACAGGGAAAUCAAAACUUCAAAGGAUUUCAGAGUGUUUAAUGGGAUGAUAAAAUUGCCUUAUAUUUGCACAGGAAAAGCAGUAGUGUAUAAGCACAAAAACUUGUGCAAUAAGAUGAGGCUCAGAAAUAGUACUGCACAUUUAUUAGGCAUUAAUUUUUUAGAGAAUAUCAAAGAUAAUGAGAAAAGUUAUUUUUGGAAAAAAACCCCAGAAAUAAAACCUCAAACAAAAUAACUAAAACUACUCCUGAUGAAAAUUGGAUUUCUGUUCUUUUACGAGAUAUUUACCAUAUUUGAAAACUUGUAAGCAAUAAAACAUUUAAAAUCUGUCCAUUCAUUCAUUUGGUUAUCUUACAAGAAACUGUUGCAAACCACUGUAGGCAGAAAUUAAUGUGUUCAAAUGAAAAAUGGUUAAUUUUGUUACUGUAUACUUGGACUAACUCUUCAAAAAAAAUCUUUAAAAUUUUUUGUGAUGUUCGCAAUGCAGGUAAUUUUUUUGUAUCCUCCACGUUCUUUGUUCUUUUUGGAGUACAAAGAGUUGUGGGAGAACAAGCUAUCUAAUCAACCAUAAAAAGGAGUUGAUUUAAGACAUACUUUCCUGGGAGGUGGUUACUUUGAGAGGCAUUUGUCCCUGCAGCUGAAAGCUUAAAAAUAUGGACUUUGUUAAAAGGAUCUGUACUGAGGUUUCCAUAUUUUUCAAUAGACAGUGAUAAUUUAUCUCCUGACACUUUUCACAAGAUUUUAAAUGAGUUUCUGAUGCUUCUUUAAAUCUUCAAAUACAGCAUAACACAGGACUUCAGGGUCUGCAGCUGUAACAGCUCACACCAACAUUUCUUGGGGUUUUACCUCAAAGCAUUGUAUUGUUUUAAGCUGACACUUACGCUUUGUCUUUUUUUCUGUAAUAUUUUCUCUUUCAGAAGCUGUAUGCUCAUCAGGACAUUGCAUUGUAAGCAGAAAACUGCGUCUGCUUUAAAAUUACUAAAUGCUGGCUACAUUUCCUUAGCUGAGGUUUGUGGGGUCUCUGCUAAGAGAAAUUUGAGUAAUUCUGGAAUUUAAGACUGAGGAUAAAAGGCAUUUGUAAAAUGAGGUUAUUAGAAUUUGUAAAAAGACCAAGGUAGUCACUUUUGGUUUUGCUUUUUUUUUCUUUUUACAGUUAUGACCCUGUUCUGUCAAAACAAAAACUUAUUUUAAUUUUUAAGCAAACGUGUUUAUAGGCUCGAACCUGAAUGCAGCAUCUCAGCAGAUAGUUAGAACAAGUCCUGAGCUGCUUUUUAGACAAAUUUUGUGCAACAAGUAUGAUAACUCUUGCAGCAAAGUAUAUAAUCAGUGCUCAGUACAUAGUACAUACUUGUGUAUUGUCAAACCUCCAAUGUCAGUUUGCAAAGCUGCCCUGAAUGCUCAGCACAGCCCACAGAACUUGGGAGCAACUGCAUAGGAAUUCCAUAGGAAUCCCGCUGGUGGUUGUUAGACCAGGAGAGGUAGCUCAAGCUACAGGCAUUAAAGUUGAAAAAUUAAGGCAGUUUCUGAAACAGUUGGAAUAAAGAGCCAUUCCUACUCACUUUCAAAGUGACAUCCAUCACACCUUGCUAACUCAUCCAAAAGGUACCAGGGAAGACUUCCCCAGUCAAUCAGCUUCCUCAGAGACAUGCCCCCCCUGCCACCCCUUUCCAGCAGCUUGCAUGGUUAGCAGGGAAAAGUGAAUCACAAAACUGCACACUGAGGCUUAUAGUAAAUUAGACAUUUACAUCUUUUACUCAAGCUGUGAAAAAAAAAAAUUUAGUACAAUCAGCAUUUGGUUUCUGUUAGUUUAUACUACUGUUUUCAAAUGUAUGAGCUGCCAGUGUUUUGAAACUGAAAUGAAUGGAAUGGAUUUUAAAUAAUGGUUUUUAAUGCAACCUAAGACUGAACUUUGUAAAUAGUAUUGGGUUUGGAUCAUAACAAUUUCUGGUAACUUGAGGAUGACAUGACAAUCAAUGAACUACCAGUUGAGCUGCUCCCACCUUAUGUGUAUUAAUGUAACAGUGCCAACAUAUUUAAGGAAAUGUCUCACACUGUUAUGUACAUGCAUAAAAAAUUAGUUUGUAGCAGUGGAGGUUCCACCUAUUUUGAAAAGAAUCUGAUGAUGUAGGUGACUCGGGUAUUAAGCAUACCUGACCUAUUUUAUGACUGAAAGCUUCAUUUAUCUGAGGUAAGUUUAAUAACAAAUUAUUUAUUUUUACUUAUUAAAACAAUUAUUCUGAAAGCAUAGAUUUAUAAAGCUGGUUAAAGACACUUAAUGGCUAAAGAAUUAAUUAAGACAGUAAAUUCACAGCCUCUUUUAACCUAUGAUGGCAGUAUGAACUGAUAUUAUAUUGAUUAAGUUGCAAUCAAAUUAAAUAGAAAGCCCUGCCGCUGUCUUUGUACAUAUCUGAAAUGUAAAAUCUAAUAAAUAGGAAAACAUGAAGGAGUGAAGUUGUUGCCUGGUUAAUUUACAAAAUGAUGCCCAAAGAACACUGUGUUACAGCUGUUAACAUUACUGAAACAAUACUGGAUGGUCGGUGUCUGAGAACUGGGGUGGAGCUGAUGGUGCAGGGUUUGUUUAGCUGGGGGCAAUGCCUAAGCAGGUGUCACGACUAGAGAGGAUGGAGAGUGUUUGCAGCACUUAGUUCAGGUGCCUGUGUUGAUACUAUCUCCCUGAUUAUACACGGAGCUCUGGGGAUAGGAACCACCACUGAGUCCUCUGCUCAAGGAGCCCCUUCUAUUUAGUUUGGGAUUUAAGUAGCUCAGUUAGAAGCUAAAUUCCUUAACCCAAACGAAUCUUAAAGAUGGGUUUGGUUUCUUGAUGUUGCCAGACCAAAGAAAACCCAAGUCAGUUCCUGUCCUUUCCUGCAGAGUUGUGCCUCAGAGUUCCUGCCUUCUAACCUGGGCAGAAAAGUUAUUCUACGCCUCCACUGCAGAAUUCUGCUGAGGACACCUGAGCUCCAGGGUGGUUUUGGCUACUGGAACUGUAAUUUCAUCAGAGCGGGGACAGUGCCAUUUACUGCAGAAGAAUCUUUCUUCCUGCAUUGCAUUAGACAUAAUUUGUGAUACAGUGAAUACCUCGAAGUAACGGUACCCAGAAGUGCAGAGCUCUGGAGAAACUGCAAUACUAAACUGUGAUUCCAGGCAGGCUGAACAGUGAACCGAAGCGCAGCUCGAGUCAAGCAAUAAAAAGUUUUUACUUAAUUGAUGCUGCUCCCAUUACAAAAAUAAGCAUCCACAGCACAUUUAUUUAAUGUUUAAAUUACUUCAUAUUUUUACAUAACCUGAAAAGAAAAUAUAUUUAUCCCACAUACAGUAAUAGUAAACAAGUGCAUUAUUUCAAACAUUAAAAAUAAAUCUUUUAACCAAGUCUGUACAACAGAUAAAUAGAAUUAUAUCUACAAUACUUAAGUUGUGAAGAACAAAACAAAAGUUAUCCCUCAAACUCACAGUUCCUGUUGCUCAAAAUACUGGCAUAGAUGAAGGUUAUGCAUGCUAUCCCUGUCUACGGUGUUCACCUACACCCUUUCCUUCAGUCACUCAUAGGUAUUUUUUGAGGAGGUUUAACUUCCCAAACAUCAGGAGUAAUGCACACACAGAACAAACAGCUGAGUAUCUUUCCAAUAGCUUUAAAAUAGCUGGCAGGCUUAGCAAAACUGCUGAAUUUGGGGCAAGUGAAUGAUUGAUUUUUAGUGUUUUUAUGAUGAAAACUGUUAAAACAGUUUUAAAAGAAAACUGUUCUCCACCAAAAAAAAAAAAGAAAAAAGUUGAAGCCAUUCUCACAAAUUUUCUUUUGCACUCGUUCAUGGCUGCAAGUUUGAAUUCAAUGUUUUACCUGGAAUAAGAUCAAGAACAUGCAUGGGAUGGUAAAUAUGGUACAAAUUAGGACUCAUGUUGUUUAUAAUCAUACAUAAUUGCACACAUGCUUGGAAAAUAAUACUGUGCUCAUGUUUUUUGACUGCUAACAAAUAAUCAGGAGAAGAAUAAAAUGAAAAAGCAACUAAAGGUCAAACUAUUACUUGAAUCAAACCCACAAACAGGAAGAAAUGUCCAUAACUUCACUGAUAAGUAGAAUGUAAACAACAGCAUGUCACUGCCACACUGAAGGACUAUUUCUUUUAAUUUUAGGGUUUUUUUCUAAAGAAAAGAGUUAAUAAGAAAGAUGGGCACUGCUAAAAAGGACGGGAAAAAAGGUUCCUCCAAACAGCUGCAAUCUCAUUUCACUUGUAAUUCUGAGAUUCAGCCAUCUGCAUGGAACAAAGAUGACCACUCAGUACCUUCUCCUCAUACCAACAGAGUGGCUUGCAUCCUUGACUUGCAUCCUUUUAAAUGAAAAUAUUAUUACUGGAUAGAAUAUGGCACCAGUUCCCUAAUGAGACCUAGUUCAAGGUCACCUACAAACUCAGUGAAAGCUUCAGUGAUCACCAUCUCCCUGUUCUCCAAUUUCCUUAAGAUCUGAUGGAGUGCAUAUGAUGUGAUUUCAGCUAAAAAGGUGUUCCAAAAAUUCUCCAUCUUGAACUCAGUCUCUGAAAAUUAUUCAUCUGUUUGUUCAUGGGGGUUGUACAGGGAAUUACACACAAUUAGAUGAAUUAGUGUAAAAUUUAUGGAUUAUCAAUUUUAGGGGG